AAACUAAUUACUACCCUACAAAUCUAUUACAUUUAUUUAGAAAUGGAAGGGAACGAAGACUAUUCACACCUACUGGCUGAACUUGCUGGCAAAUUUUUUCCUAUCUUCGUGACCAUCUUCACCUUCAUCUCUUUGGGAUACCUAGCGGGAAGAUUCAACGUGCUCCCAACAGGGAGAGGGAGGCCCGUUCUAGCGUCCUACAUCUUCAACAUAGCCCUGCCAGCUGGUAUCCUAUACAAUGUGCUCACUGUCCAGGUUACCAGCACUGAUCGUCACGAAACCCUCCCCAACUUCCUCUACGGGAUCAUCAUAGUGAAGUCUAUCCUCUACACCGCUGUAAUCUCUGUCGGACUUAUCCUGGUCAGGAAGUCGUCUGUUAGCUGGGCAGCUGUGUUCCUGUUUGCUCUAGCCACUGUUCAUUCCAAUGACUAUGCUAUUGGUCAACAGCUGCUUCAUGCACUGUUUGAUAAUUCUACAUACCCGGGUUCCAAAGAUUACCCAUCUUACAUGGAAGACUCCAUGGUACUGACCUACGCAACCUACGCUCCUAUAACAAUCUUCUUCUUGGAGCUGCGGAGAAACAGAGAGCUGUCCCUUACUUGGGGUAAAAGUAUUCUCUGCGCUCUCAUGCGAUCUCUUCUUCGACCUCCAGUCUUAGCUGCAGUUUUGGGACUUAUUCUGCGGCUCAUGGGAGUGGGACAUUCUACAGCAUUCUUCAAGUGGUUUGGGGACGGGGUUCUCAAAAGCCUGGCUACAACAAUACCUCCCAUAUAUUUACUGUACACAGGGCUGGUGCUGGUCGGGAGUGUCAAGCACUUUACCAGUCCUAGGCAGAUCAUGGCUAUUGUGGUUAUCACCAUCAUUAAACUAGGAAUAUCUCCUCUCAUGAUGAAAUUGACUCAACUAAUCAUCCCAGCAGACAAAGGAGCCUCUGAAAGUCUCUCCAUCAUGUUCUACCUCUACGGAACCUUGCCAUCCUCCCCCAUUGUCGUCAUAUUCGCCAGUCAGUACGACUUACUGACACCCACAUUCGCUAUGAUAGUGCUAGCUACCACUCUCAGCUUUGCUCCUGUCAGCACCCUGUUCAUGUCCCUGUACUAUGUUUCAUGGUGCCAGUUGUUCAGCGAUGAAACCACCACCUUGGUUAAGAAUCUGACUGAAGGUAUAGGGUACUCGGGAGUCGGUCUGGCUAUCUGGCUGCUCCUCGUCCUGGUGUUCCUGGGCCGCUAUAGGAGGUUCAUGUAUCAUUUUCUGAUCGGGCAAGUCCUUUGUCUGCUGACCUACAAUGCACUGAUUGGAAGUGUCAUGGUUAAUCAAGUCGGAAAAGCAGAGGCUAAGAUGAUUGCAUUUGGAAAAGCUGUUGCAUCUUGUUUAUUUUGCCUCUUAGGCUCAGCUUAUCCGUUCAUCUUAGGACUAGCCGAUCGAGGGAACAUGUUCGGAGCAUUUUUCACAAAACGAGUUGCUGUUUGGUUCAUCUGCUUGUGCGUAAUCCUGCCUGUAGCCUUGCUUGCUCUCACGUCCUUACCUUUUGAGUUGAAACACCCCAUAGAGCCACAUAACUACAUCUGGGAUUACAGCAACAACAUUAGCACUGAGUUUGUCCUCACAAAAGUAGUGAUCCUCAUCAUCGCCAUUGGUAUGACUCUGGUCCCAAAGUUUGUUGGAUACUGUAGAUCUCGAGCUGUGAGAAGAGAACACAACCGGGUCAUGUAUGAGCCUAUGGAGGAAACUAGCGAUUUUUCUACCGGAAUGAGGGAUUUCCACAACAACAAGAUGGGGAGAAGUAUCAGUCACGCUAGCGAGAGCAAUCCAUGGGAAGUAUCAGAAAGAGAGGUUAGCAAGUUCCAAGUCAUCGGCUUCAUCUCUGUUAUCAUGGCAAUGGUCACCAUACUUGUAGAAGUUUGGGGCAUCUUUGAGAAGGCCAAAGGCAGCAAGACCUUCGUGGGUCUGGUACUUCUCUACCAAAAUAUUUGGCUAUUCGCUGCUAUAUUUAUGGCCGCUGUAUUUGGUACACCUAUAGCGGAAAUUCGAGAGAAAAUGAUCAUGAUAAAAGAGGCGAUGGUGCGCUGUGUGCUGAAAGAAGAAGAGUUAAGUCUGCCUAAACUUGAAGCCCUGGCCCCAGAAACGGUGCUCACCUGUCAGAGGUUUAUCCAGUACCACAUGGCCGCCUGUAUCAGUGCUAUCAGUCAAUCAGUCCAGGGCACGUUCGGGCGGUCUUACGAGGACGUUUUUACGGGCGAAGAUCUAGUUUCCUGGCUGAUUAACGUUGGUCUUGCGGAGGAUAGGACGGUUGCGGUGGAAUAUGGUUCUAAACUGGUUCUAGGUAGAGUCAUGGAACAUAUUGACAAGAGGAGAUCAUUCUACGAUAGGAGCUAUCUUUACCGUUUUGCUAGAGAUAUUCCAGCUAGUGCAGCAAGAAGUAGAAGUGUGAAUGAUAGCUCCGGUGAACUCACAGAAGAGUUUCGCGUCAAUAGAAACGCUCGAUCUAUGCCUGACUGGUUCUGAUUUCAAUACUGAGAAUUUGAUUUUGAACAGUAAAGUCUGCGUAGACCCUUAUAGGUCCGCUAGGGUUUAAAUGUCAUUGCCGUGUGAUAUUAUCUUUUAAACCAUCACAAAUUAAAUUGUCACGAAAUCCGAUUUUAUUCAAAAAACUUGACAGUCAAUAAAAUUAGGGGGACUGAAGUGUGUUUUUGUAAAUUCAAAUAAUUAUGUGUUUCAAAAGAUGUUAUUUGUUUGAUAAAUAGUAUAUAUUCGUACUCACAAAUAAAACUUUGUUCGAU